AUGUCCAACACUAAUCUGUAUGAUAGGAAAAUUUCGGGGAAGAUUAAGCUUAAAGGAAUCUCGAAGCUUUAUAAGAAAAAGAAAAAGGAGGAUGAGAAAAGUCAAUCGUUAGACUCCAAAAAACACAGUAAUGUUAUUAAUGAACUAACCGGGUCUGGAAGGAUAGUUUCUUCAGGAACUACAGUUCAAGGGUUUGAAACAAAGUUUGCCGAGGAAUCCUCGGUUAAUGACAAAAUAGUGAUUGAACACCCAAUGACACACGCAACUGAAGAGAGAACUAUACAAUCAAUAUUGAGUAACAGAACAAUAAACAUCGAUGAACCGUUCAGCGUAGAUGUGAUAACUACCAUACCAUAUAACAUAAGGAAGAUAACAGAAGAUUCUGAAGCUAAUGUUUUGGGGGAAGAAUAUGCCAAAAAGUUAGACAAGAAGGAAAGCUCGACCAUAUCAAUCAGGGAGAAGACUGGUAUGUGGAGCUACAAGAACGUAACAAAAACAGUCAAAGGGCGUUUAACGGCGGAAGACAAGCUUAAUGAAAGAGUAAAGCAAAGCAGAGACAAAUACUGUUGGUAA